ACAGUUGAAGCGUUAACUUGAAGACAAGUUAAAUAUAACAUAGAAAAAAAUCUAAUUUUCAAACUCAACUGUCCAUUAAAAUAUUGAAAAAUAUGCCAAAGCUAACUAACGCGGAACGGGCAAAAAACUUUCGAAAGCGUCAAAAGGAGAAAGCUAAGGCAGCCGGACAGCAGAAAAACCCAGCUCGGACGAGUACAGAACGAUCUCGGGAACACAGGGCCCGAGAGAGGGAGAAACGACCGAGUAUAAUUUCGACGACGAGACCUAAAAAACCGCAGAAUACACCCGUGUCGUUGGCAGUCAACUGCAGUGUGGAGAAAAUGUCCUCUUCCGAAUCGGCAGAACCGGCCGGAUGGCUGAGACUCGGUGACCUGGCGAUCGGCGACGGCGGCGUGUGCGUCACGUCGCUGAUCAAGGACAAGAUACGCGAGUACAUGCUGAACGAGGAACAGCAACAGACGACCGCGACGUCCACCACGGCGGCGGCGGUGGUGGCCACUGUGGCCAACACGGCGCAGGCGACAAAUAGCGGUGACGUCACGUGCGUCCGGCGGAUCGGCAACUCUCUGGACCUGUUGUUGCGCGAGAGCCGAAAUGCCGGCCACGCCGUGGCCGCGGCCACUGCCAAGAACAAGACGUCGUCGUCUUCGCCGCCUUCAUUCGCCACCGCCGCCGUGGACGUGGCUUCUGCCGGCUGCGCAGUCAUCACCGCCCCCGUCGACCAUGUCGCGUCCACCGCGGUUAUCACCGCGCCCGCCGACAGCUCGCGCCCGACCGUCAAUCGACCACUGCCACCACUGCCACCACUGUUCACCAAACGGUAUUUCACGAUAGAAGACGAGAUGCAAAUUAGUCGCAUGCCGAUCCCGGCAGAUGAUUGUGCAAACAGCGAAAUGUCUGUUGACACUAGUCCCUCAGAUACAAAGACCGAUGAUUUGGAAACUACAACAAAAGUAAAUGGUGAUAGUCACAAAAAGUUAAAUGGAACUACUGUAGACAAUUCUAUUGAAACUGAUGAAGCCUCCUCACAACUUGUAAUUAAAAAAGAAGAAAAUGACGAAGAUGAUAAUGAAGAAGAAAAAGCAGAAAAAGAAAAAGAUCCAGAAAACAAGACUGAACCUUUGUCCAAAACUACUGAUAAAAUUGUGAAAAAUGGGGUAUCUGAGGAACAAAACUCCGUAGAAACCAUUAAUGGUGAAACUUCUACAACUAAUAAUGAUGAUCCUAUAGUAAAUGAAGACAAAGAUGAAGAAGAAAAGCCUAUGGAGAUUGACGAAACUGAAGAUCAAACUAAUGAAGAUCUAGCUAUUAAGAAAGAAACUUUAGAAGUUGACGAACCAGAAAUCACUGAAGACGUAGAAACUCAAGAAACCGAAAAACAUAUUAACGGAAAUGCAAAUCAAAAGGAUGAAGUUAUCACAACUAGUAACGAAGUAUUGAAGAACAGGGAAGAAGAAACAAAUCCAGUGAAUGGGGAGGUAAAACUUGAAGAUGAUAAAAACUUUAAAUCUGAAAAAGUCAAUCGUAAAGUUCUCGAAGAAGAGGAUAUGUCUAGUGAAAUUAGUACAGAUACACUUUCACCCAAGCAGAUGGAUGAGCCAAUCGCACGCAAGAGGUCUGCUGCUAGUCACGAUGAACUUAGUGUUGUAAGUGGAGCAAGUAGUGAUAACGAUUUACCUAAAACUAAAAAGUUACGAUCUGAUGAAGACCAACCUUUAUUAAAAGAUGAUACUCGAGAACGAUUGAUCAAGAAUAUUGUACAGUCAAGUGGUAAAAACGAAGUUGAAUUAAACAGAAAUGUAGAAAAAAUACAAAAUGAAAUAAAAGUAAUCACGGAAAUAGCACAGACUAAACGUGAUGAGUUAGUGACUCUGAUCAGGUUACAAAAACUUAAAGAGGAAAUUAUUGAACGAUUAAUGAUUAAACUAAAAGAAUUUGAUGCUAUUAAGACAGACAAUAGCAAAGACUGGAAUUUACCAGAAAUGUUUCAAAUUAAUUUAAGUCAGCCCGAACACAUACUAAGUGAAAAGAAUAUCUUGGAUAUUAUUGACAACCGCGGUGAUAGUCAACUCGAAAAGUCUGCAAUUAAUAAUUAUGAUCAGAAUAUGUAUGCCUCUUCAUCAUCUAAUACUAGUAUCACACCAGUUGCUUCAUCAUCUAAUGCUCAGUCCAAUGAAUGGAUAGUAUCAGAUAGGGUAAACCGCACCAACCGUGUUCAAAGACCAAUACUGCCUAAGCCUUCUGCAGCCAACAAUCAUAAAGAAGGCCGUCAAGGUCCUAUAUUAGAUGUCAAGCUAAUUAUUGCUGAUCAUCGAUCAAAAAAUCCUGAAACAGCUGUGACCAAAAGGGGCCGUCGGAAGGUGAAUGUCAAUGAUUUUUCAGUACCUACAUCUUCAGCUCCAUUACGUUAUCCGAAUCCUAUGGGUUUCGGUAAUCCAGUUCAUCAUACCAGUGAUGGAAAUUUUAAAACUACUAUCACAAACACCCAUGGAGUUCCAAAUAAUGUUAUGGAACAUGGGUCUGAACAUAAUCGUUUUAAAGAUGUUCCUGCUUUUCCAGAAGUUACAUUACAUCCAGUCUCGCAGCCAAUGCAGCAGCAACAACAACUACAGCAACAACAACAACAACAACAACAACUACUGCAACAACAACAAAUACAACAACCACAGCCAACAUCUCUAUUACAUGGAAUUUUAACUAAAGGCGCUGGUACACACCAUUUACCACUUAGUAUGUCACACCCUCCGACCAAUUAUUCGCCUACAUUAGCAAGACUUUUAACUGCGCCAGAACGAUGCAAGCAAAGCAGAGGAAAACGGCAAGCACCUGCAGCUACUGUUGUCUCUUCCAAUGCGCAAUCUCGUAAUGAAAUUACUAUUACACCAGUUCAGAGUACGUCUAUGUCUUCAACUUUUCAACAAAAACCAAGUUGUUCGUCAAAUAUACCACCUGCUCAGGUAGAUGAUGAAGACGCAUCUGAUAGACUGGUUAUUGAUGAAGGACAAGAUGUUAUGAAUGCAAACUCUCCAUCUAGUGCCCCACAGUGUCAAGGUUGUAUGCAAAAGCCGGCACAAUUUGUUUGUGCUGGAUGUGGCAAUCAAUGGUACUGCAGCAAAGACUGUCAAAUCGAUGCUUGGGAUGAUCAUUCAGAAGUCUGUAGUGGUUAAAUUAAUUAUUUAAAUGUGACAUUUGUGCCAAAAAAGAUCUCUUAAAGAUUAAACUAAAUAAUUUGAAACCGGUAGCUGGCUACCAAAAUCGUUUUAGUAGUUGACUUUGGUCUUGAGUACAGACCCUUGGUGUGAAUCUAAGUCAAUUCACUAUUUAUGUGUAUGAAUUCAUUAUAUUUGUGUAAAUGUUAAACGAUUAUACACAUAAGAUUAAUCUUUAUUAGGAACUGACAAAUUGUUAUAAUGUACCUAUUUUUAAGUAUAAUAUGCUAUAUAUGAAUGUGUAUAUAUUAUUAUUAAUUUUUUUUAUAAAUUAUAUUAUAUAUGUCGUAAUAAUUUCCUAAUUCCACACUAGCUUAACUGUGUGUGCGUGUAUUAGAAUCGUAGAGUCUUAUUUUGAAUACAUAAAAUACUGUGGGUUAAUGACUGUUAAUUAAACCACCCAUGGUAUGCUUGUUGUUAAAUUGAUACAAGUACAAUUAUUGUUUUUUUUUUUCGAUGUGAAAUAGAGACAAAUUUAUAGUGGCUCAUAAUUUUUUUUUUAAUUUAAAUUUACUUGUGGACAUGAUGCACCUCCUUAAAAUAUAAAAUAAUAUUUAAAUUAUUUAAACUAUUGUACUAACCAUUAAGGUUUUCAUUACUUGUUAUAAUAUUGUAUUGUAUAUAAGCAUAUUGAUUAGUUAUUAGGAUUUGUUUGUUUGUUUAUUAUUUAUAUAUGUUUUUUUCUUUUUUA